GAGCAAAUACAGUUGAGAAACCAACCUGCUGGGGGUGGGGGCUGGGCAGGAGCCAGUGGCCCCCAGGUCAGAGGGGGACUGGACGAGAGGAAGGAGGCUCGGUUGACAAUGGGAACAGAAAGCGCCCUCCCCUUCCUUCCUCUGCUCCUCUCCGCUCCACGGAGAAUGAGGCUUUGCUCCUGGGAAGCAGCCAGGGCACAGGUCAGCGGCCGGGGGACAGGAAGACCCACCCUGCUGAGGACUGGCCCUGUGACGUGGACACCCAGAGUCCUAUCCACCUUCCCAGGGGCAUUGCCAGCACCAGCUCUGCCACCUCUUCCCCCUCAGCUGCUGGUAGGAGGGAGCGGGGUGCCAGUGAGGCCCCUCUGCAUAGGGAGGGCGGCCCUGGUCAGUCUGACGACGGUGGCCUCCCACCCGCUGCUUCAGGAAGACUGGCCUGGGGUCUCCAUCUGCCCGAGCAGGGCCAGCGGUCCAGGGCAGCCCAGGGACCACAGAGCGCUGUCUGCCUGUGUCUGGGCCCAGUGUGGUGGCCCACGAUGGCCACAUCCUCCUUCUCCGGGUGGGGCCAGAUGCGUCCACACCUGACUCAGACCCCACGGCCCUCUGCCUUGGUGAUAUUGUGAUAGAAGAAGCCAUAAAUCAUCUGCCUUCUAAAUUCCUGUGGAGCCUCCUACCACUUUGUGAACUUGGGGACAGGCUCAGCUGACCUUUGUCCUUGGGCCACAGGCCUGGUCCGUGGUCCCAACCCAGCUCUUGCAAGAAAAAAGCAGCUGAGCCCUCGCUGCUGCAGCCCUGCUGGGGCCAGGGACCCCGGCCACACCAUGGAAGCCACGGAUCAGGACACAGAGGAGUGGAAGCAAGUGUUCCAGGAGUUAAUUCAGGAGGUAAAACCAUGGCACACGUGGACCCUGGUGACAGACAAAGACCUUCUCCCCGAUGUCCUGGAGCAAGGCUGGUCGCAAUACCAGCAAAGGACGUUCGCCAGGUUCCAGUGCUCCUCCUGCACACGCAGCUGGGGCUCCGCCCACGUCCAGGUUCUCUUCCACAUGCACUGGAACAAGAAGAAGCGCAGGGGCCGCGUGAAGAUGAGGAUCUUCUCCCAGAGGUGUAAGAAGUGCACGCAGCCCCAGUUUGAGGCUGCUGAGUUCACGCUGGAGAACAUCAGGCGGACCCUGACCAACCUGGUGUUCCGCAUCCUGAAGAAAUGCUACAAGGAGGGCUUCAAGACGAUGGAGGAGGUGCCCACCGUCAAGGACACCAAACUGGAGGGGCCACACGACAGUCUCAACUGCGAGGCCUGCCUGCAGGGCUUCUGUGCCCAGAGUGGGCUGAGCCUGGGCCCACAGUCACAGGUGCCUCCCUCGCUGUCCACCCCCUCCGAAGACACAGGGGCGCCCAGGGUCACUGCUACCUGCAGCCACCGCCCCUGCUCGCCACCCCCCAAAGUAGACAAGCUCCUUGUGUCAACAGUGGACCCUAACCCUCCCAAGCCUCACCCCAAGGUCAGCCACGCCUCAAAACCAUCAGCUGCUCCAAAAUAUCCAACCAUAGAGGUGUCACCCACAUUAAUAGUAACCCCCAAAGUCUCUAACCCUCCCAAGGCUGACCUUAAGGUUAGCCACACCUCAAAACCACUGGAUACUCUCAGAGUUCCAAUCGAAGAGGUGUCCCCUACAUUAAUAGUGGCCUCCAAAGUCUCUAACCCUCCCAAGGCUGACCUUAAGGUUAGCCACACCUCAAAACCAUUGGAUACUCUCAGAAUUCCAAUCGAAGAGGUGUCCCCUACAUUAAUAGUAACCCCCAAAGUCUCUAACUCUCCCAAAACUUACCCCAAGUUCAGGCACGCCUCAAAGCCAUUGGAUACUUUAAGAAUUCCAACCAAAGAGGUGUCACCCGCAUUAGUUGUGACCCCCAAAGUCCCUAACCCUCCCAAUGCUGAUCCCAGAGUAUUCAACUGGCGGGCCAUUCAAGUACCUUCUCCCACAAACAGCCAGACAGCAGCAGACACACCUCUCGGGGACCCCAGGGCAACAUCAGGAGAGAUGUCACCUGCAUCCCCCCUGGCUGCUAAGUCCACAUGGGGCAGAGGCCACUCCUCUUGGAACCAGACAAGGCCCAUGAUUUGCCAGCCGAACACCAGUGUCCCAAUGCCCCCCCUAAGUGAGCCUUGUGAUUGUAGCCCCCUGCAGAACUGCAGCCCAGUGCAUAUGUGCCUGCGCUGCCCCUGCUGCCUCCUUCUGAUUGUCGUCAUCAUUGUGGUGGUGUGGUGGUAUUGGUCCUAAAGCUCUCAGGAGCUUGAAGCAUGACGCUACAUGAGGAGCCCCACGCUGUAGUAGGAAAGGGCCCGAAAGUCCACAGACCAGAGAUGGACCCUGGGGCCAGGGAGCUGGAAACCAGCUGCCUCAUCCAUAGGUGGGGUCUCAGGGGUGGUGGGGGGGAAUGCUCCGGAAGGAGACACGGUGGCGGCUGCACGACAGUCACUGAAGUGUUCCUUUUUAAAUGGUUCGUUUUGUUGUGACUUUCACCUCAAUUACACAAGAAAAAGAC